AUUAUACCUGUAUUCGUCCAUGAGAAUACAUGGAAAUACUUUUAUAGCAUUUUUUAUAGAGUUUUAUUGACUUUAUCCUGCCAAAUUAUGUUCUAAUAGCUUGGUUGCUAUCGACGUUGCUAUGGAGAAAUCGCGGGCUCGUAUAAUUGAUUUAUAUUUAUGAUUCAUUAUAUAUAAAAUGUUCGGAUUAAAUGGUAUAAAAGAAUGACAAAAAAUCUGAUAUCUGAGAAACUUUCUAAUUUCAUGUAUUUUAAAUGAGUUUAUUGUAAAGUAGGACAAAAGCUGAACUAAAACAACGAACGUUUAUUAAAUUUUUUAGAAACAAUAAAACAUUUUCAAUUUUCAGCGGCAUCGCAUAUCAAUUGCGAGGUUACUCAGUUUCAAUAUGGCGGCGAUUGCGAAGGAUCAAAAGUUAAGAAGUAUUCUAAAAAAGUACGUUAAUACCUCAGAGAACCACAACUUUGCUUAGUUUUAUGUAGCAUUGAACAACCCAACAUGUAUUAAUGUGUAUAUUUUAAUCCUAUUUAGUGUUUAUAUGUGCAAGCAUCUCACGAAAACUCUGCGAUUUAACAGCUCCUUUGGUUUGUACAUUUUCUAUUGUUCAAUCAUAAUUGUAUUGUAAUUAUUUCGUUAAUUUCUAAAACAAUGAAUAUAUUAUCAAAAAAUAUAUAUAUCCAUCUGUUAUAGACAUAGUGUGCAUAGUUAGGGUCUGUCAACAUAGGGAUUUGAUCCCUGCAAAGCUCAAGGGCUGCAAAUUUUCACACAGUGGGCUAUGGAGGACGGGCAGGGGGGGGGGACUAACAAGUGUCUUGCCAAAUUGCCAAUAAUCCAUAGGCACUGAACAAGUACUAUAAAUUACUUUACAAUAAAUUACUUUUGAAAAUGCUUUACAAAAUUAUUUUGUAAAUAUUAGGGAUAUGUUAAAAUUGUAACAACUGGACUCAAAUGGUAUGAUAAUUGUUAGUUGGAGAUAUGAAUAUGUAAUUGUUAUGAGUCUAGUUUAGAUCUAGUUCCCAGUGAUAUAGCCAGACUAUGAUAGAGCCAAUUUUGUAAUUCUUCCAAAUCUGAGGAGAAACUGGGGGUAGUGGAGCAUAACUUCAUAAUUCUUUCAUCCAGGACGUAAAAUAUACCAAAUCUGUUGCUUGCAGAUUAUCAUAAAAUGUGUCUAAAAUGCAUCAAAUAGUGUUUCCAAGACCCUAAGGGGUCCAUGGCAGGCCUCGAAUUUCCCUGAAAUCAAUCAACGGCAAUGGCGUUAAAAAUUGCCGUAGAACAUAACAGCUGUACAUACUAAAGGUGUGCGAAUCUGAUCCGAUCCAAUCUGAUCUGAUCAGAUUCGGAUUCGGACAGUAAUUCACUCGGAUCGGAUUUCUUUUUUUUAUUGUCGGAUUGGAUUUUGUAGGUUUUUGAUCAGAUCGGAUUUGUUUUUUUUCUUUGUAUUGCGUCGAAUUACUCGAAUAUUUUAACAAAUUAAGAUAGUUCUAUAGCAGGAAGUGUCUGGAAGGCUUUGGAGCCGGAUAAGCAGAGUGAUUUGGUCGAAGCGGAGUAAUACUAUAUAAUGCCGAGUGAUGACAAUAAAGUAAAGAAGUCUUUUGAGUUAUUUUGACAUAUAUUUCUGACAAAAGAAACUCUAGUCUGGCGUUAUGUGGAUUCUUCUUAAAUAGUUACAUAUGGGAAUUGGGAUAUAGGAAUGUUGUGAUUCUUUGUUUAGUUUGUUUGGUUUAUGUGUCACGAAGCACUGACAAUGAGAUUUAUUAGUGAUAAACUUUAAGAUGUUUUAAAAUGUAAACCCAGCUCAAGCUCAUGCAUUGUUAUAAUAACUAUGUGACUAGUCGUUUUUUUCCUACGCUAUAGUAUAACUGUAUAAGGCAUAAUUAUGUGAUAUCGCCCUGCAAUUUUUAUCGAAUUCAUAUCUGCUUAUUUUUGCUGGAAAUUCAUUAUUUCCAAUAUAUUGUUUAUGGUCAUGAAAAAAUACGUUCAUACACCGAAUAAUUAACGCACGUUGUAUACAAUAACUUAAGUUCGGAUCGGAUCGGAUUACGAAUUUUGGCAUCGGGUCGGACUUUAUAAACAUUUUUUCGGAUCAGAUCGGACCGGAUUGCUUUUUUCAUCUUCAGAUCGGAUCGGAUUUGGAUUGAGAACUUAAACAAACCAUCGGAUUCAAAAAGGUCAAUCCGAUCUGACGCACACCUCUACUGUCUAUGACAAUUUUGGCAGUUUCCACAGCAUUUUUCAAAUUACUGUAAUAAAACUUUAAUUUUAUUGUUACUUUGGAUUUUUGACAAGCUAGAAACAUGUUUACGUAUUUCUUUAGUGUUUUUUUUUUUCGAAGAAAACUGAGACUAUUAGAUGAGAGAGAGAUAGAUAGAUAGAUAGAUAGAUAGAUAGAUAGUUUAAUGAUCCCAAGAUUUACAGCCAAAAUUGAGCUGAAUUAGAUUAGGAAUUUACAAUAACAUCAAAAAUACAAUUAAAAGAUCUAAGUACGACUAAACUAUGUACAAUUACUAUAAAAAAAGCUGUUCUGAAGUCUGUUAGUUUUACAGACAGGAACUUGAAAUUUACGAGUAUUCCUAAGCUUAAAAUUACAUUUAUUUAACUUCGGUAAAAAUCGAUAUAGUUUAUGUUCUGGAUUAUUACUAAUUUGCUGAAAAAGGUUAGUUGUUUGAGUCUGUCUACGAAUAUACACUGUCUCUAAUUUAGCGAGUUCUAAUGCUUCAAAAUGAUCAACAUCAGAAUUCAAGUAUCAAAGUAGUAAUGCACAGUGAAUAGUAUAAAAAUUGCACUAUACGGCAAAAAAAUUGCUGUCGUUGCCGCAAUGAUCCACGGCAUUUUGUUCUCCCUCUACGGCAAUUGCUGCGAUAAAAUUUGAGCCCUGGGACUCCAUGGGGACCAUGCCCCCUGCCGAUUGCACCCCCUAAUUCUGUCUAUUUGACGAUUGGACCCCCCCCCCCCGCCUCCAUUUUUUUGAGCUGGCUACAGCCAUACAAGUAGAACUGUCAUGUGUGCAACCUCAUAGUCGUAUAUUUACCUAUAAUAUGUACAACUGAUAAAAAAAGAAUACGUUAGUCAGAACAUUGAAGACGACGCUGUCCUUGAACGGUUUGUGCCAGUUUAGGUAGUGAUGAUCAUAAGUUCUGCAUGCUGUCUUCGCAUUUAUUUCUCAUAGAAGAAUUAAUUUCUAUAAGGAUAACAAAUACUGUAUGGAAAUGAAUAAGAUUUUGAAGACCUGGGCACCUGGCAAUGACAGUAUAGAAAUUUGAUAUUAGAGAGUUAUUUAUUAUGAUUGAAGAGAAUAUUAUUUAUACUUCAAGAGUACAAAGUUAAGAGGUAGAAUUGGGGGGGGGGGGGACAUUGGGAUUUACGGUAUGGCGGUAUUAGCUUUUUUUUCUUACGGUAUUUCAGUAUUUUCCUUGAAAAAUUGCGGUAUUACCAUAGAUAUGGUAUUACGAUAUUGGAAAUCUUGCGAUACACGGUAUUUGCAAUUUUGGACUAAAAAACUGCGGUUAUUGACAAAAUUUGCUUGCGGUAUUACGGUAUUGAAUACCCCCAAUGCCUCCCUCAGAAUUGGUUUGAGUUAAAAGGUGGUUAAUAGUUUUUCAAGCCCCAUUAGCUCUGUAUGUCUUCAAUUAUCUUAUAAAUCCGAUAUAUCCUAGUAUAAGUACGUACAAAUGCUAGUAAGAAGAGAAUAUUUUGAUGUCAUGUAAUACGUGCUCAAGACUAAUGAAUGUAAUACGCGCUCAAGACUAAUGAAUGUAAUACGUGCUCAAGACUAAUGAAUGUAAUACGCGCUCAAGACUAAUGAAUGUAAUACGUGCUCAAGACUAAUGAAUGUAAUACGUGCUCAAGACUAAUGAAUGUAAUACGUGCUCAAGACUAAUGAAUGUAAUACGCGCUCAAGACUAAUGAAUGUAAUACGCGCUCAAGACUAAUGAAUGUAAUAAGUGCCCAAGACUAAUGAAUGUAAUACGUGCUCAAGACUAAUGAAUGUAAUACGUGCUCAAGACUAAUGAAUGUAAUACGUGCUCAAGACUAAUGAAUGUAAUACGUGCUCAAGACUAAUGAAUGUAAUAAGUGCCCAAGACUAAUGAAUGUAAUACGUGCUCAAGACUAAUGAAUGUAAUACGUGCUCAAGACUAAUGAAUGUAAUACGUGCUCAAGACUAAUGAAUGUAAUACGUGCUCAAGACUAAUGAAUAUGCUUUUCCACUUGGUUGUUACUAUAUUCAAUUUUUUAUAUUUUUGAUACGUUUCUCAAGGCGGCAAACAAACUUAAAAAGUAUGUUUAGUGCUUUCAAUAUCUGUAAAAUAAUGCUAAAAUGAAGAGAUUUUAGAUGGUACGCCAAUUCGCCAAAGAGAAAAUGAUGUCCGAAGUUCAGUAAGUUUUGCUUAUAUUGCUGUAUAAAUAUGGCGUCAAUUUUACAGUAUCAAUGAUAAUUGUAUUUAAAUUGACAAUUUUUUACUAUUAUUUUAUGUUUCUCAACAGCCAGAUAGAUUUAAAAAGGUUGCUAACUGUGUAAACUACAAAAUAAAGCUAAAACAAAGUAAUUUUGAGAGAAACGCCAAAAAGAUCUUAGGUUUUGAACACUUUUCAUUGCAAAUACGCGACAUUGAAAAAAAUUGCCUCUUAAUUGUUUUCUAGAAAAUGGAGGAAAAUCCAUUGAUAAGCUCGUGGUUGCUAAUCGAGGGGAGAUUGCAUGCCGAGUGAUGAACACUGCCAGAAAACUGGGAAUAAGAACUGUUGCUGUGUUCAGUGAUGUAGACAGGAACGCUAAACAUGUUAAGAUGGUGAGCAAAAUCAUCUUGUACAGUAUUUCCUACGAAAUCAUGCGUAUUUUAUGGAAUGGUGUGCACUUAUAUUAUUGCAGGCACUUGAAAUAUUUUUUAUCAUAUUGCAUGUCUACCUUGCUCUGUGCAAAAAUUAUCAUUCAAAGCCCAGAUUACUUAUAAAAAACAUAAAAAGGAGAUUGACAGAAGUUAGAUCUGCCUCCCAGAUUACAAACGUUGAUGAUUUUUUUCGUUGAGGCAUUUCAGUAGAGUCCUAACCUGGGUUACAGGUCUGGUUCCAUUUAGAAUGCACUUUUCCAUUUAUUCUCGUAAUCUGUCUUCCAAAUCGUACUAAAUCAUAUUUCAGGCAGACGAAGCUUAUCACAUUGGUCCCGCACCUGCAAGAGACAGUUAUCUAAGUAUGGAUAAAAUCAUUGACGUCGCUAAACGGAGCAAUGCGCAGGUAAGUUAUGUGGGCACCUUGUUCCACGAGUCUGGCUAUAUGUUAAAGUGAGCAAGCUUACAUGGUGUUAUAGCCAGAAAAAAUUCGGCAAUGAAUGAAAUUGCAUGGAAAAUUUAGUUAGCCUGCGAUAUUCAGACCGGAGUUAAGAAAUGUCUCGUGAAUUGUGGGAGGCUGAGCUACGUUGAAACCUUUGAAAUCAACCAAUAGUGUUUCGCGUACUAGACUAGAUGACAUCUUUGCAACACUUAUCUGGUUCCCAAUUUCUCUUGAGCGAAAUUUUGAACAAUCUUAUUUUUUGUAAUAAUUACGUUUCUGGAAGAUCUAAAAUUUUGGGAAAUUGGUAGUUAAAUGUAAUUGGGAGACGCCAAUUUUUUUACGGUAGCUGACACCCUGACUUGAUUUUAUAUCCGUCACGUUCAGGGUUCACGUUCAGGGUAAGAAUUGCUUAGAAUACGUGGUUUGAAUCUAGCCCGUGCGUCCGUUGUUUUUUUCAGGUGAAUAAUUUUCGACUAGAACCCGAAAGAUUAAUUCUUCAAUAGAUCACAUCCAAGUUAUCCAAAAAAUUAAUAGAAAAUAUUGCGGGAAUCUGGUGUAUAUCCUAAAUGCACUGAAAAGAGAAAAGGGCGUGGAAAACAUGAUAGACCUACCGUUAACUUCGUUUAAAUGCGUGUUUAACCACAUUUAGAAUUGUUUCUUUACUUUUAGGCAAUACAUCCAGGAUACGGUUUCCUUUCAGAAAGACCAGAGUUUGCUGAACUUUGUCUCCAACAAAAUGUUAUAUUUGUCGGACCUCCCUCUUCUGCUAUAAGAGACAUGGGGAUAAAAAGGUACAAAUACACAAGAACAAGUUCAGCUGCAUGCAGUCGUUGUUGCGUGAAAACAUUGUUCCUGAUUCGAAAACUAGACCUAGAUACAUUGAUCAGAAUGAUGUUUUGGAGACGAUAAUCCCAUCCUAACUAAAAACCAAACAGUUCUCAAUAACAAGGAAAUCCUUUCGCGUCCUUGAAAAGAAAUUCCAUUUCCGCAGCGAUGUUGUCAAGAGUGCGGAAACAUUGUGGAAACAUCCCAGGGCCUUUUUUCCUUAAAUUUUCCCAUUGGGGGGGGGGGCAUUUUUUGAAAAGGGACCUUUCUGUGAGAUAAUAUAUUAGAGGGGGAUAGCAAUGGCUGAAGGCCACGUGUGUGGCCAAUAUACCACGCAUGAAUGGGGGGGGUUGAAAUUUGAAUCCCGGAAAUGUGAAAUUUGAAUCCCGGAAAUGUCAUUUCCUGCAUUCUGAGCAUCCAAAUUUGCUCCAAAAUUUAUGCUAACUAUACUUGUAUUUGAAAUAAAUAAAGGAAAAAAUGCACAAAAAGUAAAAAAAAUAUUAACCGUAAUUUUUUAUUACUUAUUGGAGGGAUAAUCCCCAGAAAAUUUUUGAAAUUUGGACAAAGGAUAAAGCCUAAAACUUACUUUCCGUUUAUCUAUUUGUUAAUCUUCGCUGGUUUGUUUGAAUAAUUUUAGGGAAAAGGGACUUUUCCUGGGGGGGAGGGGCAAGAUGUGAUUUCAUGGGGGGGGCAGCUUGUAUGUUAAAAAGGCCUGUUUUUUCCCCUUUAUUGGACCUUCGUAAUUGAACAUCUUUGCCCAUCUAGUCAAAUAAAGGCAAUUUUUCCGAUCAUAUUUCUGUCACCCAAUAUAUGUAGUACAUCCAAGAAAAUAAUGAGUGACGCCGGAGUACCGAUAAUCGAAGGUUACCACGGUGAAGACCAAUCAGAUGAAAGACUGAGAUCAGAAGCUGAAAGGAUUGGGUAAGAUUAUACUAAAUGCUGCUAAAAAUUUCGAAGACGAAUAUCGUUCUCAUCUCUAUUUUCGCAAAAUUUUGCUUUUCGUUUAUAACAUGAUAUUUUGUUGGUGUAAUAUUUUUCCAACAGUUGGUAGGUUUCUGUAAGUGACAUGGGAUUGCAGUCAGCUUCAGAAUUAUUCACAUUAUCUGUUUGCCAUAUAGAAUACAACCAAAUAUCUGUUGUACGUGGAACAUCUAAUGUAUUGUAGAACUCGAUGUUGGAGGGAUUUUGUAGAUAUAAUAUAUAGUGUAAAUUUUAUACAUAGCCAGCCUAGAGCAGCUGCAAAAACUUCGAGUAUUGCCCCUCUGGCAGGAUUCGAACCUGAGGCCCUGCGAUUCUGGUGUAGCGUUCCAACCAACUGAGCUACAGUUCUAAACGCAAGUUCAUGUAAUUAAAGGGCAUCUCACUCGAUACCUCCAAUAUUUAUACUACCCACUGAGAUGCCCAAAACCCUGAUAUUGUAAAACUCGCCUAUAUUGAGCACAAGAUGAUGUGGUAUGUCCUUCUAUUGUCCAUUUCUAGAUAUCCAGUGAUGUUAAAAGCUGUGAGAGGUGGAGGAGGAAAGGUAAUAUAUUGAUCUAACGCGAUCUGUUAGUCCGCAACUAUUACUCUAUCUUUAUGAUAUCGAACACUUUCUAGCAUUCUGCGAACCAAAACGCAUUUCAUCGAUUAUAACCAUGCGACUGAAAGUGAAUAUUUAACACUCAUUGACUGGGACGCAGGUAAACAGUAGGUUUGUCCCUUUGUGAACACUCUAUUUCCCGAAAGUCCCAGUCAAUAAGUAUUUUUAUUAUUAUAUUCCAAGUGUCAAAGAGAAAACAAAAAAGAAACAAAGAAACGCGAAACUUGCAUAAUUUUUGCUUUAUAAACCAACGAUUUUAUUAUUCACAGGUGAAUAAAAGUAAUGUCCACCGGUCAGUGCUGUUGUCACGUGAUACGCUCUCGUCCAAUGAGUUGCAAGAAAACAUGAAGUUUGACACUUGGUAUAUAAUAAUGAUUUUUAAUGCCUAAAUGGACCCGGUAACCUCACAUGAGAUAGCGCUCACAUACUAAGCUUCCUUAGUUGUGGUUUAAUACGGAAGUUAUGACCAUUUUACCGAUUUCGAUUAUUCAUCUGAAUUAGGGUAUGAGAACUGUUUGGAAGGCGGAGGAAUUUGAUGAAGCGUUGGAAUCAGCCAGAAGAGAAUCAAUGAAAUCAUUUAAUGAUGAUAACAUGCUCGUGGAAAAAUUUGUAGAAUCACCCAGGUAAACAUGUCGUGAGAUAUGGCGCGCGAAUAUUAAAAGCACGUG